AUGGUAUAUCAGGAUAUCAAACUUCCUCUUUCGAGCUUCAUAGCUCUUGACUGGACCCUCAUGACCGUCGCCUUGGUCCCAAUAAUUAUCCGCGUUUCUCUUCGAUCUAGGAAUCGGGGGAUCGUCUCUUUGGCCGCUAAUAUAUCUGACGGCUUCAUCUUGUUGGCCUGGCUCUCAGGGAUGGUUCUCGUUGCCAUCAAUACCUGGAAGAACAGUCUCCGGAUGAAAUACCUUUCCUACCCGAAAGGAUCCCUCUACUACGGCGUUCCCCAACACCUCUCCGGACACUUACUAUACGUCUCGUGGAUCAGCCUCUUCUUCAUAUACAUUUCCUUAUGGGCCAGCAAAGCCGCGUUGCUCGCUUUCUACUACAGCAUCUUCUCUCUGCAGGGUCGUCGCGCCCGCCUCACCCUCCUCGGAGCCUGCAUCUUCACAGCCGCUACUUUCCUCUUGCACAUGGGUAUCAUCGCCUUCUGGUGCACGCCUAUCUCAGCGAACUGGGCCCCUCCACCGGGCGGCCACUUAUGUUCCGCCGUCCACUCCAUCGAAUCCGUCACCAUCUCCACCUUCACCAACAUCGCGACCGACAUCGUCAUCCUCAGCAUUCCCAUCUCCACCCUCCUCGCAACCCAACUAGGCAGCAAAGAGAUCGCUGGCCUCGCCUUCAUCUUCCUCAUGGGCAGCGUCUCCAUCCUCGCGGCACUGGUACGCUUCGUGACGCUCAAGUUGGUGCAGAGCGUGCCGAAAGCGAGUAUCACGCAUACGAUCGAUGUGUGGGCGCUCGUGGAGAUUGUGAGUUCGGUUAUUGCGGUUUGCUUGCCGAGUCUGAGGGUUUUUGUUCGGAGGAGGAGGAGGGGUCAGGGGCGGGAGGAGAUGGUCGAGGCUGGACUCGGCGUGGGAGAAGGGAGGCAUAGGAAGUUGGGGAGUAUGGACGGCGGUGUGGAUGCCGAUGUGGUGACCAUCGUGUGUUAUGGAGAGGAGAAGGGGAAGGUGAGAGGAAUGGGAGCAGAUAUAGGUGCAGGGUUAGGAGAGGAGGGGUGGCGGUAA